UUGACGACUAUCUUUGUCCGACAGAUUUUCAUUCUCUCGAGAUCAUUUGCCCUUGAUCACGAGAACAUAAUACCUUUGCGACUUAUCUUAAUUGCCUGUCAAUUACACUCGUCGUAAUGUCUGGCCCUACUGCAUCCGGCGCUGUUGACCAGCUCGCCGCUGACCUCGGCAACACCUCUCUUAAUGGUGGUGAUGCUAAGCCUACCGCUAUCAACACCAAUGUCGCCCCCGACGCCCAGGGCGACGAAGGCGAUGCUGCUGGUGCCACGCCCAGCUCCGCUCAAACCCCUCACCCCGCCGCAUCUGCUUCUCUCUACGUUGGCGAACUUGACCCCUCCGUCACUGAGGCUAUGCUUUUCGAGCUGUUCUCCCAGAUAGGUUCUGUUGCCUCGAUUCGCGUUUGCCGCGAUGCUGUUACUCGCCGCUCCCUCGGCUAUGCUUACGUCAACUACAACACGACCGCCGACGGCGAACGCGCCCUCGAAGAGUUGAACUACACCCAGAUCAAGGGUCGUCCUUGCCGCAUUAUGUGGUCUCAACGUGACCCCAACUUGCGCAAGAGCGGACAGGGUAACAUCUUCAUCAAGAACCUCGAUGCCGCCAUCGACAACAAGGCCCUCCACGACACCUUUGCCGCUUUCGGCAACAUUCUCAGCUGCAAAGUCGCCCAGGAUGAGCAGGGAAACUCUAAGGGAUACGGUUUCGUGCAUUACGAGACAGACGAAGCCGCUGCACAGGCCAUCAAGCACGUCAAUGGAAUGUUGCUUAACGAGAAGAAGGUCUACGUCGGCCACCACAUCCCCAAGAAGGACCGCCAAAGCAAGUUCGAAGAGAUGAAGGCUAACUUCACUAAUGUCUACGUCAAAAACAUCCAGCCUGACGUGACUGAUGACGAAUUCCGCGAGCUCUUCGAGAAGUACGGAGAUGUCACUUCCUCUUCCCUGGCCCGUGACCAAGAGGGCAAGUCUCGCGGUUUCGGCUUCGUUAACUUUACCACCCAUGAAAGUGCUGCUAAGGCGGUCGACGAGCUAAACAACAAUGAUUUCCAUGGACAGGACUUGUACGUCGGUCGCGCGCAGAAGAAGCACGAGCGCGAGGAAGAGCUUCGUAAAUCCUACGAAGCCGCCCGCCAGGAGAAGGCCAACAAGUAUCAAGGUGUCAACCUUUACAUUAAGAACCUAGAUGACGAAGUCGAUGACGACAAGUUGCGCCAGAUGUUCUCGGAAUUCGGACCCAUCACCUCUGCGAAAGUAAUGCGAGACAGUCUCAGCGAGUCUGAUGAUGACAAAGAAGGAAAGGACAAGGAGAACCAGAAGGAUUCUGGAGACGAGGAGAAAGAUGAUGGCGAGAAGAAGGACAAGAAGUCCGACAAGAGGCUUGGAAAGAGCAAGGGCUUCGGUUUUGUUUGCUUCGCAAACCCCGACGAUGCGACGAAGGCUGUGGGUGACAUGAACCAGCGCAUGAUCAACAACAAGCCUCUAUACGUCGCACUUGCUCAGCGAAAAGAUGUUCGUAAGAGCCAGCUUGAGGCUAGUAUCCAAGCUCGCAACCAACUUCGAAUGCAGCAAGCUGCGGCCGCGGCCGGCAUGCCCCAGCAGUACAUGCAACCUCCUGUCUUUUAUCCUCCUGGCCAGCAGCCAGGCUUCCCUCCUCAAGGCGGCCGUGGCAUGCCGUUCCCUGGAAUGGGAAUCCCAGGUGCCCAGGGUGGUCGUCCUGGUCAGUUUAACCCUAACGCCUACGGAGGCCCUCAAGGUGGUCGCGGUGGCCCCAUGCCACAACUUCCUCCCAACAUGUACUUGCCCGGACAGUUCCCGCCCAGUGGACCGUACGGCCAGCCUGGCACUCCGCAGUUUAUGGCUACCAUGGCGCAGGUACAGCAGGCUACUCUCGGAGGUGGUCGAGGUGUUCCGGCCGGCCGUGGACCUAUUCAAGGAAUGCCAGCCAACUUGGGUAUGCCCGGCGGUCCAGGCGGACUUCCCGGUUAUCCGCCUAACUCGCGACAAGGCGGCUCUGCUGGUCGCGGCGGAGUUAACCAGCGCAAUGGCCAGGGAGGGCAGUUCCCCCCUCAAGGUGGACGAGGUAUUCCUAACCAGCAAGCCAACAGCACUCCCAACUUGCAGCAGGACUUGACCCCCACCUCACUUCUGCACUCGCAGCUGCAGGCUCAGUCUAGCAACCCUCAGCAGCAGAAGCAGAUGCUUGGUGAAAUAAUCUUUCCCAAGAUUUCGGCUAUCCAACCCGAUCUGGCAGGCAAAAUUACGGGUAUGCUUCUGGAAAUGGACAACUCUGAGCUUGUCAAUCUUAUCGACGAUGAUGGUGCACUGAGAGCCAAGGUUGAUGAGGCCAUGGCUGUUUACGACGAGUACGUGAAGGCUCAAGUGGGUCCCGAUGGCGAUGCUGGAAAGAAGGAUGACAAAGUCGAGGAGAAGGCAUAAGUGAUGGUGCAUAUGCUGUACUCUUCGCGACUUCCUCGACGAACUUUUCGUCCUCAGUCCUCUCCGAAAUUCCCUAACACUUUGACGAUUUGGGGGUUCGGUUUUUCUUUUUAACGACGGGUAUCGGAAAAGUUAUGA